CACGACGGCAAGGCUGUCGCCUCCUGACGAACGAUGGGGACCGGACGAACGAAGUGGGUCUCGGCCCACGAAUAAUUUUCUCUCUCUAACGAUCAAGCAAAGUGUAGUUGGACCAACCUACUAUAGAAAGUUAGAUAGAUGUGGUAACGAAUUGCACUCAUGGUUCUAUCUCUACCACCAAGAGAUUUCAAGUACCGUUGCAAUUGCAAACGCUUCCCGUUCCACCGACGUGGAAAAGACGGCUAUUUAUAAGCGUUCGCCUUCGUAGGGACGUUCCCGGUUUUCGUUCCGUGCCCGAGAAAGACCUUCCAGCGUGAAAAGCUUCUUCUCGUCGCACAAUCCGGUGAGCUUCGGCAUAGGAGAUGGCGGAGAAGAAGCCGAUGAUGCACGCGGUUUGGUACGAGUCUUAUGGCGGAGGACCCGCCGGCUUGAAGCAUGUGAAUAUCCCGGUUCCGGCACCGAAAAAGGACGAGGUUUUGCUGAAACUAGAAGCGAUUAGUAUAAACCCUUUCGAUUGGAAAGUGCAGGAUGGACAGUUGAGACCGUUUCUUCCUCGCAAGUUCCCUCAGAUACCUGCCGCUGAUGUAGCAGGAGAGGUGGUCAAGGCUGGACCAGCAGUCAAGAAAUUUAAACCUGGUGACAGAGUCGUAGCCGUCCUCAAUCCCUUUACCGGAGGUGGAUUCGCCGAGUUCGCCGUCGCAAAGGAGAGCCUCACGGUGGCGAGGCCGCCUGAAGUACCAGCUCCGGAAGGGGCAGGGUUACCCGUGGCAGGCCUCACUGCUCUUCAAGCCCUCACCCAAGCUGCCGGGCUGAAGCUCGACGGGACUGGGCCGCGGAAGAACCUCCUGAUCACCGCUGCCUCAGGCGGCGUCGGCCAUCAUGCGGUCCAACUAGCGAAGCUAGGGAACACGCACGUGACCGCGACCUGCGGGGCUCGCAACGUCGACUUCAUCAAGAGCCUCGGCGCCGACGAGGUCCUGGACUACAGGACCCCGGAGGGAGCUGCCUUGAAGAGCCCCUCCGGGAGGAAGUACGACUUCGUGAUCCACUGCGCCGGCGCACUCCCUUGGUCGGUUUUCGAGCCGAACUUGAGCGCUCGCGGGAAGGUGAUAGAUCUCGCGGCGGGCGCCAGGGCCAUGAUGACUUUCGCCCUCCAGAAGCUCACCUUCUCCAAGAAGCAGCUCGUGCCGAUGAUGAUGUCGUCCAAAGGCGAGAAUCUGGAGUUUCUGGUUAAGUUGGUUCAGGAAGGGAAGCUCAAGACCUUCAUCGACUCGAAGUAUCCUUUGAGCAAAGCUGAAGAUGGCUGGGCUAAGUCUAUCAGCGGUCGCGCCACGGGCAAGAUCAUCGUAGAGCCAUAAGACACUAAGCACUGCUCUGUUUUUUGAAAAUUGUAAUUUC